GUUGAGGGGCGUCUCAGUGAUCUGGCUUCAGUUUCCCAUCUGUAUGCUUCUUAGGUAUUGUGUGGUUGUUUCAGCGACCAGAGAGCACCUGUAGCGCAUGACGGAGCAGCGUCCUACACGUUUCGGCGGCCUUUCGUUGUGUCACAGCCUCGUGACGGCAGCCGACAGCCGGCAUGCGGCUUCUCCAGCGGUCGCUCGAGCGUUCGCCCACGAGGGUGCGAAUGGAGAUCCGUCCGUCAGGCGGCCAAGCUAAUGGAAAAACCGCGCAGCCGUCAAGGAAACCCCGACGCUCGCAUGCGAAACUGCUUUUCGCGCCAUCGGAGCGCGCGACGUCGCCGUCGCGCGUAUCCGCCGCGUCUACGUUUACAUCCACGUCUACGUCUACGUUUGCGUCCGACUCUCGCCCUAGCACGGAGGGAGCGGCUCCAAUUUCGUCGAUCACGACAGUGUCCAUGUUACCAGUUAGGACCGCUAGGGACAGCGCUGUGAGCUUUAGUCGAGCCGCCUUGCCGCCGUCUCCGAAGCAGCAGCCGCCGAAUGCGGCAAACGAUUUAGCGACAGUUCCUCCCGAACCUGCUUCUCAGGUUCGGGCAUCGGCGUUGGGGGCAGGUUCGGCAGUAGUCGAUACCAGACCCACGUCUGGAGAUGGGGCCGAGGCGAUUAAAGAUCUAUUUGGUCCGCCAGUCCUCUGCUGGGAGCGCGUGGGCGGAGCGACUAAGGCGUAUGUGGCGAAUGAGGGCCGCGGGGGCGGAACGGAAGGCGCGGAGGGCGAGGGGCGGGGGCGCAAGGGGCGGCGACGGAGGGCGUUUCUGAUCGAAGAUGUCGGGGAGCGCGCAGACGCGGUUAUGGAGCUGGCCGACUUCUUCAAGACAAAUUUUCUGCCCGAGGGGUUUCCUGACAGCGUGGCUCCGUCGUUCGUGCCGUACAUGCGAUGGCGCGCACUGCAGUAUUUCUUUGGGGGAGCCAUGGGCGUCUUUACCACCAGGUCGCUGCUGCACGCCUUGGGAGUGUCGCGCGGCGCUGCGGGCGGGAGCGCGGCCAGCGCGCUGGCGGUGAACUGGGUGCUCAAGGACGGCGCGGGGCGGCUGGGGAAGAUGCUGUUCGCGCGGCACGGCAAGCGAUUCGACUGCGAUUUGAAGCAGAUGCGAUUUCUCAGCAACAUGCUUUUGGACUUCGGCUGCUGUGUGGAGCUCUGCACCAUGGCCGCGCCCAAGCUGUUCCUGCCGCUGGCAUGUGUGGCCAACGUCUUCAAGAACAUCGGUGCAGUCACCAACACAUCAACCCGAGCGCCCAUCUACAAGGCGUUUGCACGGCGGGAGAACAUUGGGGACAUCACAGCCAAGGGGGAGAGCAUCAGCAACCUGGCGGACCUGAUGGGCACAGGAGCGGGCAUCCUUAUAGCGAGGAACAACCCUCCCCUGGCUGCGACCUUCGCUCUCCUCUCCUGCGGCUACCUCUUUGCAUCCUUCAAUGAGGUCAAAUCCGUGCAAGUACCAACGCUCAACCGCGCUCGCUUCGCCGUGGCGGUCCGCUCCUUCCUGGAAACGGGCCAGGUGCCUUCCCUGGCAGAGGCCAACGCCAGGGAGCGCAUCCUGGUGCUGCCGUGGGCCGUGGACCGGCCCCUUGAACUGGGAGCACGCGUGGCGGACGCGUUCAGAAGCCCCUCUGACCUGCGCUCGUCUCAACACAUCUUCAAGGACGAGCAGUACAUAGUGACAUACCGCCCCAGCCACCGCCGGGCGUAUGUGGUGCUGAAAGAGGGCGCCAAGUCCAGAGACGUGGUGCGGGCGGCCUUCCAGACGCACGUGCUGCUGCACCUGCUGCACCAAUGGCGCCAGGACACCUGCCAGCAGCCGCUGCUGAGUCACCAGCUCUCACCAGACACGUCCCUCAAGUCCCUCGACCUCUCUCCGAAAGACUCGUCCACAACCCUCCUCAAAAACCUAAGUCCAGACAGCCUUAGCCCGACAGCCCUCAGCAGCAGCAGCCCCGGGCAGUGGGGGCCCAAGGAAAUCAGCCCCAAGGGGCCGAGGGCAUGGCAGAGAUCCCUUACCUCAGCAGAGGUGGAGCGAGCGGUAGCAGAAAGCCUGCAUCUGACCAAGAGCCUGUUUGGGCGGUUUGAGGAGAGGGCUGCGGGCGAGGGGUGGACCAUGGCUGACUCCCUGCUCAACCCGGGGAAGUCUCGCGUGCUCUCGGCGCCCCCGCCUGGAGUUACUGCUGCUGCAAAUGCUCUGGUGUCGCACUCUGCUGCUGCUGCUUCCGCACCAACUGCUGCUGCUGGGGGUGGUGGGGAGGGUGGGGCUUGUGCUGGGGCGGGGCCUGCUGGUGGUGUCAGCUUUGGUGGCGCACCUGAUGCUGUUACUGCUCCGCUCACUCAGCCUCCGCUUGCUGCCUCUGGGAGGGUUGCGCUGGAGCCUUUUGCAGGUGCUGCUGCUUGAAAUUACUUAUGAGUUGACUGGAAAGUCAGCUUGUUGCUGCUCCUUAGCCUCUUGAAGGAUGAAGCUGGAGCCGUUUGCCGGUGCUGCUGCCUGAAACGACUUCGGAGCUUAGUUGACUCACGAGUCAGCGCGUCCUCAGCGCGUUGCUGCUCCGCUCUCUCUGCCUCCGCUCGCUGCCUCUGGGAUGGUUGCUCUGGAUCCCCUUCCGGGUACUGCUAGUAGCUUGUAGCCUACGUUACUAGGUACUGGCGCUGCUGCAGCUGGUGGUGGUGAUUGUGGUAGACAGAGUGCUGUGACAGUAGUGGUAAUUGUGCCACUACUAAUGAAUUUGAAAGGGUUUGUGGGUGUUGGGGUGGUUGGGAAUUCCCUGCACUUGUGCUGCUGCACAUGCAUGUUUGUGGCACAACCUGCCCGAGAAGGGUUAGUGGUGCAAGCAAGCACAUGUUAUUAAGUAAAUUUUAGUUAUUGGA